AUGGCUUCCUACGAUUCUGAUUCUUCCGACGGCGAGUUUGAGGAGACAAACGUCCUUCUCGGAUACGCUUCUAAAGAAGCCGAUGAUGACACUGUUAGCAAACUCGGUGGUCGCCCUGACUGGUUAGAUAACAGCGCUCCCAGCGCAGCCUACGCACGAUGUAAAGUCUGCAAGGACUUUAUGGCUUUGAUCCUUCAACUCAACGGCGAACUUCCCGAGCGAUUUCCUGAACAUGAGCGACGACUUUUUGUCUUUGCGUGUAGGCGACAGACCUGUCGGCGCAAAGAGGGCAGCAUUCGUGCAUUGAGAAGUGUACGAGUAUGGAAGGAGGAUAAACCCAAGGAGGAGAAGAAAGUUGAGGAAGAGAAGCCCAAGAACGACGGACCUGGACUGGGCGACACACUAUUUGGUUCAAAGGGCUUAGGAAGUGCCUCCAACGCAAACCCCUUCUCCAGAAAUGCCAACCCUUUUAGCACCUCCAGCAACCCUUUUGGCUCUGGAUCUAACCCCUUCUCUUCUUCCAACUCACAACCUGAGCCGGCCAAGCCUGUUUCUUCAGAGCCAGCUAAAUCUGCCUCUCCCAAGCCAGCAGCUGCCUCACUCACAAAGAGCUUUGCCGAGUCUCUUAAUAUCCAAGAUACCCCGGCGACACCACCUUCGCCCUCUGAACCCUGGCCUGCAGAGGAUGCCCAGGCGCAACCUUACCCUACUUUGUAUCUUGCCGAUGCCGACUUUGAGACUCUGGACCCUACAACGACGAACGUUCCCGCCAACGCCCGUCUCGAAGCCGCCGACGCAGCGGAGCCUUCUAUAAUCGACCGUGAAGCUUUCGAGUCGUCUAUGGAUGCCACAUUCCAGAAGUUCGCCGAUCGUCUGGCGCAGAACCCUGAUCAAGUUAUUCGAUAUGAGUUCGCAGGUACUCCCCUGCUGUACUCAAAGAAGGACGCUGUUGCUGUAGCUAUCAACAAGGGCGAUAUUCCUCGAUGCCCUAACUGCAAAGCCAGAAGAGUAUUUGAGGUGCAGUUGACGCCAAAUGCAAUUGCCGAGCUUGAGGCCGACGACCUGAGCCUGGAGGGCAUGGAGUGGGGUACUAUUAUUGUUGGCGUGUGUGAGAAGGAUUGCUCCCCCAGAGGAACACCAAUUGGUCAGGUUGGAUAUGAGGAAGAAUGGGCUGGCGUACAAUGGGAAGAACUGUCCAAGGGCAACUAG